GACUAUAUACCCCGAGGGGGGUAGAGAAAGACAGAAGAUCAGACGCUGCCUCGUGUGCUAGGGAUAACGCCUUGUGACGGAAGGUGACUGAUGUCACAUUGCCGCUCGCUGGGAAAUUACCUCCGUCGUGACAUGAAAUGGUUCCGCGGCCUUGCUUCCGUGUUCUCAUCUCCAGCAAGGGCCGUCUCUCCUUACGGCUUCUGCCCAUCGGAGACCCUUUCAUCGUCCGAUGGCGUCUCCUGCGCAGCGGCUCGACAAUCCUCCUUCUCACAUCCCGGGCUUGGGUCACUUCGCGGCAUCACAGGAGCCUCGCAUGGCUCGUCUUCGAGUUCUUGACCUAUCCCCAGGAUACGUAUCAUCAUCGCCCUUCGCCCAAGUACAUUACUUUCAUUAUGAGCCACUCGCCGCAAUGACCCCGCUGAUGGUAUUGUUCGCGGUGGCGGUUCUGAACUUCGCAUACCAGAGUCUGGAUAGGCAUUCGGUCAUACCGUGUAGGCCACCUGGGGUCCACGACGCGGAGGUUUACGGUCCUGUACCGCCUCAAUCGAUCGCAACUAGCUUAUCUUCAUAUCACCAGUCUCCAUCGCCUGUUAAGGCAAGCGUCCCGACAUGCGUUGACCCUGGUCACGUCCCAGAGCCUGGUCAGGUCAGCCAUUCAACACAGCGUUAAACUCCCUACGAGAGUAUUUCUCAUCCCCCGAGAGUUCGGCCAAUUGAAUGACAUUCUUCCUAUUUCGAGCAAGCGACGCCUCGUGGCCGGGGACAAAUUUCAGCGCCUGCAUCGUUGUUUUCAUUUCCCGUUGCCGGUCUGCCCGUGCAGGUCCGCGUCUGCGUAAGCCACUUUGUGCGUUCAUUCUCCC